CUCCCGGCCUCAUCGCUGCAAGUUUGAAAGCAGCGGAAUUUUAAACUGGUGAAAAGUGUUUGUAAUCCAAGGAUCAAUCAACAACGGGAGCUCCUUACCGUAACAACAGCAGCCCGAUCAUUCUUGGAUUUUAUACAGACAGCAGGAUUGUCACAUUUUGUCCCGUCUGCGUCCUGUCUUCGUUUAGAGGGGAAGUGUACGGGAUGGCGCGUAUCUGAAUACCCAGGACAUUUUAAGUAGUUUAUCAGCUGCACACCAAGCUGUAGCAGAUAGCAGUCCUGUCGUAACGGUUACCGCGAGUGCUUGUCGUCGACAUGUCGGACACUUGGAGCAACAUCCAGGCGCACAAGAAGCAGCUGGACUCGCUGCGGGAGAGACUGCAGCGGCGCCGCAAAGACACAACGCAGCUGGGCAUCGAGGUGGGGGGUGUGGAGGGGGGGCCCACACGCAGUGACAGUCCUGGACCAGCUCUCCAGAGCCCCCCUCAGACAGAGCGCCCCCCAGACCCAGAGCUGGAGAGGAGACUUCUGGGAUAUCUGUCAGAGUUGAGCCUCUCGUUGCCUAUAGAUUCCCUCACCAUCACCAGCCAGCUCAGUACCACGGACGCUCCCGUGUCCCACGCCUGCAUCCAGAGUCUCCUGCUCAAAUUCUCCGCCCAGGAGCUGAUUGAGGUGCGGCAGCCCUCCAUGGCCCCGCCCUCCUCCACGCUCGUCACCUCAGUGGACCACACAAAACUCUGGGCCAUGAUUGGGGGCGGGGCCCCAGCACAGAGGAGUGGUGUGAAGAGGAAAGGGGAGGAGCCUCUUUCACAUCACAAAAGAGCCCCUGGCUCCUCCCCCUCUCUGCCCGCCCCUGCCUCACCCCCGCCUUCCUCCUCCAUCUCCCUGGCAGCCGCCUCCUCCUCCCAGCUGGCCGGGCCCUCUGAUUGGAAGGCAGGGGGCACAGGGGGCGGAGCUGAGAAGAAGGGCCGGGCCAAUAAGGGUCAGACUUCACACCUGGACAUGGAGAUCGAGAGCCUCCUGAACCAGCAGUCCACCAAGGAACAGCAGAGCAAGAAGGUGAGCAGGGAGAUCUUGGAGCUGCUGAACACCAGCUCGGCCAAAGAGCAGUCCAUCGUGGAGAAGUUCCGCUCCCGCGGCCGCGCCCAGGUGCAGGAGUUCUGCGACCACGGCACCAAGGAGGAGUGUGUGAGGUCCGGAGACACGCCCCAACCCUGCACCAAGCUGCACUUCCGGCGCAUCAUUAACAAGCACACAGACGAGAGUCUGGGCGAUUGCUCCUUCCUCAACACCUGCUUCCACAUGGACACCUGCAAGUACGUGCACUACGAGAUCGACUGCCCCCCUGAGGUGGAGGGGGGCGCGCUGGGCCCGCAGGCGGGGGGGGCGGAGCUGGGCCUGCACGCCGGGGAUGCCGACAGUAACGUGGGCAAGCUGUUCCCCUCACAGUGGAUCUGCUGUGAUAUCCGCUACCUGGACGUGUCCAUCCUGGGGAAGUUUGCGGUGGUGAUGGCCGACCCGCCCUGGGACAUCCACAUGGAGCUGCCGUACGGGACGCUGACGGAUGACGAGAUGAGGAAGCUCAACAUCCCCAUCCUGCAGGAUGAGGGCUUCCUCUUCCUCUGGGUCACGGGCCGGGCCAUGGAGUUGGGGAGGGAAUGCCUUAGUCUGUGGGGGUAUGAGCGUGUGGAUGAGAUCAUCUGGGUGAAGACCAAUCAGCUACAAAGAAUAAUCCGCACUGGGAGGACCGGUCACUGGCUCAACCACGGCAAGGAGCACUGCCUGGUGGGCGUGAAGGGAAACCCCCAGGGCUUCAACAGAGGGCUGGACUGUGAUGUCAUCGUGGCAGAGGUGCGCUCCACCAGCCACAAGCCAGAUGAGAUUUAUGGGAUGAUCGAACGCCUCUCUCCAGGAACCAGGAAGAUCGAACUCUUCGGCCGACCACACAACGUUCAGCCCAACUGGGUGACUCUGGGUAACCAGCUGGACGGGAUUCACCUGCUGGAUCCGGAUGUUGUUGCUCGCUUUAAGAAGCGGUACCCGGAUGGAGUCAUCUCCAAGCCCAAGAACAUGUAGU